AUGGCUAUAUCGCAGACACCCCCGAACAGUCAAAAGAGAAAGAUUAUCAUCUUCUCUGACUUCGACGGCACAAUCUUCCUACAGGAUACCGGCCACAUCCUAGUAGACCAUCUCGGCUGCGGCGCCGCCUACCGCAACAAACUCGAAGAACAAUUCAAAUCCGGCGAGCGAACCUUCCGCGACAUCUCAGACGACAUGUGGGGAUCCCUCAGCAUCCCCUUCGGCGACGGCUUCGACAUAAUGGAAAAGAACCUCAAAAUGGACCCCGGCUUCCGCGAAUUCCACCAGUACUGCGUUCGGGAAGGCUUCCCCUUCAACGUGAUCAGCGCAGGCCUAAAGCCCGUUCUCCAGCGCACGCUGGAUAUGUUCCUAGGCGAGAAAGAGGCACCCGGCGGCAUCCCCUGGAAACCCGUCUGGCGCGACAACACGGCCUCAGGCCACGACAAGGCCGCGAGCGUGAACCUAGCGCGCGUAAAAGCACAGGAAGAAUGCGAGCCGGAUGAGAUCCCGUUGAUUGUAUUUAUCGGCGACGGCGUCUCCGAUCUCGCCGCCGCCCGUGAGGCAGAUGUCCUCUUUGCUCGCCGUGGUCUCCGUCUUGAGGAGUACUGUAUCGAACACGGGAUCCCGUAUAUCCCGUUCGACAGCUUUGCUGAUGUUAAGAGGGAGGUUGAGGCGAUUAGUCUUGAGGACCAGAAGAAGACUGGUGGGGUUGGGAAGCCGGUGCGGUAUAACCCGCGUGCGAAUAUGUGGAGGCGGAUUUCUAGUAAGGAGGCUGUUCCGACGCUUAUGGCUACGGCUACGCCUACGCGCGAUGAGAAGAUGGCGCUUUGGCCGGAUUAUUUCUCCGAGCCUAAACAACAUACUGAGCCGACGAUUCAGGAGUGA